GCGAUAUGGAGCAAUUAGGGUAUAUGAUAAUAAGGGCUCAUGUGGAGCCGAAGGAAGAGGCUCGAGCUAUAAGGGAAAUGGUGAAGUCGUAUACGAGAGAAACGCGGCAUGACACGCAAAGUGCCUCACCAACCGCUCACUGGUUGGACAAGGAAAAACAGAUAAUAUUCGAAACGUUUAUGGGAAAAGGGGUGGAUCUGGACGCUAUCAUCGACAAUUGUUUCCCGAAACAAGGCCCCAGACCUAUACACCAACCACUACGCCCCGUUCUAUUUCAGCGUGACGAAGUGGGGACUAGCCUAUACAGAGCACAUCCAAAUUUGGAUUCUAUCUCCAUAUUUAGACCAAUCGGUUGCGAUGUGGGACCUGAAAAUGGAAUGUUUAUGGUCUACCCAUGCUCCGACAACUUAGAUAUGAAAGAUGUUCAGGACGAACCAAGGUCUAUUCGGAUCAACAGUGACGAGCUGUUGGUUAUCCGUGGGCCAACCAUUGUUAAAACGGUAAAUACCGAAGGGGGGCUAGUCAUGUGGAAAGGAUGUUCAAUCCAGCCCAUGGGGGUGAAUAUCGCUGGACAACAUGUUUUGCCUUUCAUGAGGACCCGCCCACCUAAUGUCACGAAAGUUGAUAGGCGAAUGACACGGUAACUCUCACUAGAUCACAGAACGUGACAUUGAUGGCAAUUCUUCGGGAUAAGCAGAGGGAUUGACAUGUUGGUUUCUAGAAAUAGCAACCGAACCACUAUUCUAUGAUGGCAUUUUUGAAUUUUUCGAU